GCGUGAAGCUGGUGGGCAAGCUCGCAAACAGUAGGUGCGUCGUCGCAUCAAAACAAUCCGUGACGCGUGUGACCCGUGUGUGCGAUCGGUUGGUGGUGGUUAUACGCUGGCUGCGCAGUAAACAGAUGUACGGCAUGUGGUGGGGGAAAGAAUUGCAGUCAUUGCUAACAGCUUGAAACAAAACUGCGUGCAAACAAGUGCCAUAUCGAACCGACACCGAAGGAAUCGGUAGGUGGGCCUCGGUAGUGGCGUAGCGCGUUCGACGACGGCGACAAACCGUUUGCAAAGUGAGCAAUUUUUUCGCGGGUAUUUUUUUGUUUUCCGGUGCACGCGGCCAACCAAGACGGCGAUAAGGGACCGUUUUCACGACUACCACAUUGCAGGCAAACGAUUGCAGUGAGCAAAAAGAAAAAACGCGCCUUUUUACAACGAUCUCGUUGCCGAACAGAAAAACACAAGAGGCCACCAAUAUGAAUGACGUUGGUAUGAACAGCAAAACCGAGAACAUACUUCCGGCGGCCCCAUCCGCAUGGGAUCAGUUGACAAACCCUUCGUUGGCCGAGCAACAUCAGGCACAACAGCAACAACAACAGCUGCAGCAGCACCAACAUCAGGCACAAUCGCCCCAAAUGCAGGCAUCCAGUCCCACCACCGUCAGUGCACCGUUGCUAACACCCACGAAAACGACACCACCGGAUGCGUCCCAAAUACCAUCGGGUGUAGCACCCGGUGCCGUUCCCGGUGCGGCGAUCGGAGCCAACUUCAACGAAGAACUUUCCCCCGAGCUUACGCAGCAAGGCUGGCGCAAAUUUUGGUCGAAACGCGAAGGGCGACCAUACUUCUGGAACAAACUGACCGGCGAAUCGCUGUGGGAACCGCCCGGUCUUAACCGUGGGCCGCAACAGUUCGAUCCACUAACGGAUCCGCUCGGCAUCUGCAGCAAUGGGCCGCUACCGCAUCCGCACAAUAGUUACAACAAUUCACACCCAUCGCCUCACAACCACAAUACGCUGAAACGACGUGCCUCGGAGGAUGCGCAGCAUUCCGGCCACCUGCAGCCGGGCGGUGGUGGAACUGGUGGGCCACCACCGCUGAAAAAGUACGUCCUGCCCGGUCCCUGGGAUCUGGAGGUACCGACGAACGUGCUCAUCUACGAACGGUUGCCCACCACCUUUCCGCAGCCCUACCCGGAGGUGGAAGCGCUCCGCGGUUCGCUCACGCUCCGGCUGGCCAAAACGUACGAGGAUCUGUGCAAUAAGCGGGAAUCGAUCGCACCACCGAAAGAUUCCUUCCAGCGGUGGCUGAUCGAGCGGCGAAUCAUCGACCAGGGUGUGGAUCCGCUGCUGCCGAGCCAGUGCCAACCGGAAAUCUCACCCCAGAUGUAUCGCGAAAUACUGCGCGACAUUCCGAUCAAGAUCGUGAAGCCGAAGUUUACCGGUGACGCAAGGAAGCAGCUGUCGCGGUACUGCGACGCGGCGAAAAAGAUCGUGGAGCGGCGGGGCGCCAGCGAGGAGAGCAAAAAGAUCGUCAAGUGGAACGCGGACGAAGCGUACGAGUGGUUGCGGCGAACGGUGGGCGCCAGCUAUGAGGACUUCCAGGAUCGGCUCGCACACCUGCAGCGCCAAUGCGAACCGCACAUUAUCGCAACGGUGCGCGUCAGUGUGGAGCAGCUGUGUGCCAAGCUGUACCAUCUUUCGGUGCAGCACGCGCGCAACAUCCGCGAACGGCACGCACACAUCCUGAAGGAGCACGGCAUCCCGGAGCUGACGGCACCGUUACAGCCGCCCGUCACGCGCAAGGUGUGGUGUUAUCCGGUGCAGUUUGCGCUUCCGUCACCGCGUAUGCCCCAGAUCGAUUACAUUAACGACCGUGACCACAUGGUCAUCAAGUACACGAACUCCGCGGUAAUGGCAGCAACCGAUACGCACAUGGUAAACAUCUCGCACCUGCAGAAGCUGGAGCAACUGUACCGGUACAACUGUUUCGAUGAUAAAAAGUUCGAUUUCUUCAUCGGGCGGGCGUACUGUAUGUUGAAACGAUACGCCACCUUUCUGGGGAACAAUGCGAACCCGAACCAGCAGGAACCGGAACUGACGCAGGCCGCCCUACCGGCGGUUGUGUUCGAGUGUUUGCACCAUCACUUCAACGUGACGUUUGAAUGCUUUGCCAGCCCGCUGAACUGCUACUUUCGGCAGUACUGUUCGGUGUUCGGGGACACGGAUUCAUUUUUCGGCUCGAGAGGUUCAUUCCUGGACUUCAAACCGGUGUCCGGUUCGUUUCAGGUGAAUCCGCCGUACUGUGAGGAAUUGAUCGAUGCCAGCCUGCAGCAUAUUGACCGAUUGCUAACCGAUUCGGUCGAACCGUUAAGCUUCAUCGUGUUUCUACAGGAAUGGAAAGAUCCACCGUUAAAAUGCCUGUCGAAAAUCGAGGACAGCCCGUACAAACGCAAGCAGGUGGUCGUGAUGGGUAUGGAACAUGAGUAUCGCCAUGGGCUGCAGCAUUGUAUACCAAAAUCGGAGGUGAACUUUAAGAGCAUCGUCGGUACGAUGGUGGUGUGGUUACAAAAUGCAGCCGGGUACGCACGAUGGGCCCCGACCGAGACGCGGGUAGACGCACUGCUGGAAGCAUUCCGUCCGGGUCGCGAACGAGAUCGGGACAAAGCGACCGCUACCACCGUACCUGUACAGCCGAGCUGUUCCGCCAGCGCGAGCUCACCCGACGUCGUACCGCCCGGUAACAGUAGUGCCGGCGACAUCCCGGCCCCCGGUCCCGGUAAACCCUCGACUCCGGCCACUGUUUGAAUGGAUGGUGCUAAGCUACAGCUGUGGUAGGAUAAACAGGACGCAUCAGCUUCAGAUUAAAUAGCAGCGGAUGAAUGCACACACAUCCAACCAAUUACCAGUAACUUACCAAUAGCAAUCAUUCACAACCAUGCAGACAAACUUCACGUCAUGUUUUUGUUUUGCGUUUUUGAAGUACACACAUAGCCUAUAGACACGUUAGCCGCUGGCACGCUCCUGUGUCACGAUCACAAAUGCUUCCCUUUUUAGCUUGUAAAUGCAACACGCAGACCAAUACUACAACUUUACAGCAAUCAUAACAUGAGCAAAUGCACGUUUUAACUGAGGACCUUUUAACAGUUGCCUAGAGCACAGGUGGGAGUUGUGCGUGAGAAUAGUUCGAUGUGUCCUGUUUAUUAUUAAUAAUAAUAAUAUUGCUUUUCCUAGGACCGCUCGUCGAUCGAGCAGGAUCGGAUCGGAUCGGAGUUCAGAAUUUAAUAUAAGUAAACCAAUCAUACAUGUACGUAUAGAAAAUCAUUUUCUAGAACAAAAAAAAACAAAACAAAACAAAACAAAACAAGAUAAGCAGCAGGUAGAGCAACAUCUUGGAGCUGGUAUAGGCCACAUGUGUAAAAGUUUCGCGUCAUCGAGGCACAUCAUGCCCGGGCCAAAAUUAUCACCCGAUCUCUAUUGACUCUACUCUCCGUCAGGCGGACAGUGUCACGUUUUGGGGCAAAGCUCCAAUCGGGCCAUAAUCAAAUAAUUGUACAGUGCAAAGUAUAUUAUCGUAAAUUAAUUGUACGUGUUCCGUACGGCGAUUCAUUAGAAAAUUGCAUACACUAAUUCUCACGCAAACAGACAAGAAUCUGGACCCAACUGAAAUCUGUUUGAUUCAAAUUGAAAUUACGUAUUGGAUUUUAUUUGGAAUUUUCCACAUUCAACUGGUUUUAAAAGUAAUUGAAUAAUUUAUACAUUUUACACACAAACUGAUUGCCUUUAACAUUUUAAAACAAACAAUUUUUUUUAAAAAGGGAAAUGUUAAAAUCCGGUGUUCUAACGCCAUUCAAACAUGCAAAUUUGAACAUCCUUGCUGAGUUGCUGAUAGUGCAUGAAAAUUAGGGUAAUGCAAUGGUAAAUCGCAUAACAAUAAUACUUUGAGAACAGGGAAAAUCUACGGAAAAUCGGAAAACAAAACACAAAAGUCAAUGUAAAGGAAAUGUUGUUGAAGCAAAUUAAUCUUAUUUACUGGCAACGAAAGGGGAGGGGCUCUGUUCUUCAAAUUAUUCUCCCAUUUUCGUCAGAUUGGUAGAAUGGUGUGUAUUGUAUGUGGCCAACCUAUGCAAUAUGCAUUUGGUAUAGGAAAAUGUAGCGUUCAAUUAAGGAACAGUUACAUGUAUAAGCAUAUAUAUAUUUAUUACAGUAUCGUUCGUUCGUUCGAUUAAUGCUUAGUUGUUUGCUUAGUAAAACAUCCACAAACAGGAAACACGUGCUGUGCGUGUAAUGUGUACGUAAUUACUGGGUAUAUUGAUAAAUAUAUAUAUACAUAGAGUAGAGUUUUCGGAUACGGGACAGCAGCGUAAUUAGGCAUACAGACAGUUAGUACUGAGCUGUGUAACGGUGGCAAUUUUAUGUUUAAAUAAUAUUACUAAGAUAUAAUCGAGGCAUGUGAGAUUACACCCUAGAUCUUAUCAAACCUUCCCUCGCUGGGUCUAGUGUGUAUUUGUGUGUGUGUAUAGAAUUAUUACUUCCAACCAUUUAAUUUUUGUAAUUAAAUGGUUAGAUCAGGCAGCGCAUAUAGACAAGAAGGAUGUGUAGCGUAAGCAAGCGGGUUUUAUUAAGCGAGUUAGACCGAACUGGCGAACAGCCUUAAGGUCAAAUCUAUAUUGUCUUUGAUAGCAGUGCAAGAAGAAAAGUAAAUUUUUGUUAUUUAAAUAGUUUAAACAAUUGAAUUAGUACAUCGUUUAUAGUCGAACAAGCUUGUGUACCAGCUCGUAUCGAUAUCAAAAGGCACCAUCGUUUUAACAUCAAUUGCAUGCAUACGUACGUACAACAACACACACGUCCUUGUGUCUAUUUCAGCAGGCAAUUGAUGCAACUAGUUCAGCAUCAUAAAAAUUACGGGGAUUUACGGCACGUCGACCAAGGGAAGGGCGUUUAUGGACGUUAUUUCGUCCGUUGUCAGUUCAAUGAUACAAUGUACAAAUUAAAAAAUUGCACCCUCUUCUCUUAGAAAUCGAAAUCUAACAACAAAAACCCAUCUUUACGGGACACUGGACUACGGCAACGGUCACAUGGCGUCGAGAUAAGCUUAUUACAUAUAAUAAAAUCAGUUUUUAGAUCGAGCCCCAAUGUUACAGAUUGAACCAAUAAACAACAA